UUAUCGUCGUCGUUAUUCGGCUUGCUGUGGCACGCACGCACUUCCUGACUGUCCUUGCUCACCGCCCGCGCCGGCAUUCCCACCCCGUCGGUCUCUGGAGGCUGGAGUCGACCCUCGAGGCGUGUCACCUCACGACACUUUUCUCUUAGGCACCCGCCGCCUAUCCGCCUCGACUCCGCGCCCUCGACUGACGGUGGCCGCCAUGUCGUCGUCGCUCCCCGGCAGUCGCGAGCUGCCCGUUUCGCAGUAUGACCUGGGCACGUACAUGGGCCGCGUGCGGCACUCGAUCGGAAUAACAGACCCCAGCACGCUUCUCGCCGGCACGUCUGGACUUGAACGGGCCAAGAGGCUCGUUACGGAGUACAAGACAGGCAAGCUGGAGCACAUGACCCCGGAGCUAUGGCAGGCGAAGAAGAUUGUCGACUCGACGCUGCAUCCAGACACCGGCGAACCCGUCUUCCUGCCCUUCCGAAUGUCCUCCUUCGUCAUCACGAACCUGGUCGUUACCCUAGGCAUGCUCCAGCCCGGCCUGGGUACGGUGGGGACCAUCGGCUGGCAAUGGGCUAAUCAGUCCGUCAACGUGGCCAUCAACAGCGCCAACGCCAACAAGUCGUCGCCCAUGACCACCGCCAUGCUUGCCAAGUCGUACGCAAUUGCCGUUACUGCGUCUUGCUCGGUGGCUCUGGGUCUAAGCAGGCUGGUGCCCAGGCUCCGCGUCUCGGACGGCACGAGGAACGUUCUGAAGCGCCUCGUCCCGUUCGCGGCGGUGGCAUCGGCCGGUGCUCUCAACGCGUAUCUCAUGCGACGCGGCGAGAUCGAGACUGGCAUCGACGUUCGUCCGGUUCUCUCCGAUGCGGAAAAGAAGAAGCUGGAGGAGGAGGGCAAGUCGGAGCGCGAUGUGCCGUCCCUAGGCCGGAGCCAAAAGGCAGCCAAGAUUGCUGUCUACGAGACGGCUGCCAGCCGCGUCUUCAACAGCAGCCCGGUCAUGAUUAUACCGCCCAUGGUCCUCUACUACAUACAGCAAAAGGCAUCCUGGUAUAGGAGUCUGAUGGAGAAGGAAUGGGUGAAGGCGAGACCCCGCGUGGCUACGACGAUCCCUAUAGGGCUCAACCUAGGUCUCAUCGCUGCCACGUCGUUUGCGGUUCUGCCGCUGGCGUUGGCCGUCUUUCCGCAGCAGCAGCAGAUUUCUGCAGAUAGCCUCGAGGAAGAGUUCCGCGGCAAGGGCGGUUCCGGCGGCAAUGUCUGGUUCAACCGCGGUCUGUGAGAGAGGUUGGGAUGUUCGUCACUCCGGGCGGCAUCUUUCCAGCGGUAGUCGAAGGAGACGCCCGGGCAGGAAGGAGAGACAUCACGCAGCAUAGAGAGCAUAGAUGGGGAGCCUGGCGCGGCUGACGGAAGCUACCAAAGUUGUAGCAACGAUUGGGAGGAUCUGAUGCUAGUUAUAAUUGCAUCCUCGUGCGCUCCUUAGGUGAAGGGAGAUGCGUGAUGCACAUAAAUCAAGGUAUAUAGAUUAUUACAUACAAGAUGUGCUCCGGAUAAGUCGAUGGUGCCCAGGCAUACAGGCAAGAUGCAAGCCCGGUGGAGCGCAGGCUGUUUGCCCGCCAACAACGC